AUGUUCGUUAAAGGAGUAGUACUGUUGCUAUUUCUUUCGACACAAUUUCUUUGUUAUGAACAGUUUGUGAUCCCAGAUGUUACGCUAGAAGCCUAUGCUCCUAAAGGAUUCAGGGCAUCUAUACCUGCUCUGCCAGGUAUUCAGAUGUUCGCAUUUCACAUGAAUGUAAACAAAAAGAUAUCACAAGUUGAUCCCGGCGAUUACAGACAGGACUACACUUCGCCUGACGGUAAUGUGUGGUCUUAUUUCAAUAGUGAUUUGUCCCUCAACAUCGGAGACACCGUCAACUAUUGGAUUUUCGUCCAACAUGAAAAAUUGGGGUACCGAAAAGACAACGUAGAAUGGACUGUUACAGAACUUCUCCAAUUACCAAAUGGUACUUGUGAACCGCCUUUAACUGUGGUUAGUGGACAAACCCAGGUUUGCAAAGGCCAGGUUGUGUUCGAAGAGAAUUUUCGAGGUGAUAAAAUCAAUGAGAAUAAAUGGACUCUCGAACAGUACAUACCAACAUACACCAGUGUGGAUUCGGAAUUUGUUUCCUACCAGAAAAAACAAUGUUACAUUUUUGGAGAGAAAUUAUUUAUAAAACCAAACCCUGCGCAAAACGACGACGACGUGAACGGUGAAUUAGACUUCCGUGGAAAGUGUACGCGUGCUACCGAAAGGGCGUGCCACAUUGUACGAGAGAUCUACUUAAUAGUUCCACCAGUAGCUUCGGGUAGAAUAGUUUCAAAAUUUAAAUUUCGAUAUGGUACAGUCGAAAUUAAAGCCAAGUUGCCAGCAGGAGACUGGAUUUAUCCGCAAAUUUAUUUGGAAAAAGUUAGCGACCCUAAAGAUAAAAUAUGGAUCAGUUAUGCCAGAGGCAAUAAUCAACUGUUAUUAAAAAAUAAGCAAGAUCUUGGUGGUAACUUACUUUUUGGUGGACUGGUAAUUGAUCCAGAGGAGCCUGGAAGAAGCCAGUUUUUAAAAACUAAACGCAGCAACACUCCGUUUUCGAGGGAAAUGCAUGUCUAUACGGUCAUUUGGACCAAAGACAAAUUGUCGUUACUACUCGAUGGUACUCAGUAUGGUGAAAUAGACAAGGAAGCCCUCAGCCAAUUUAACUUUUCAGACGAUGAUUUGGUCCAAAUAGUUUUGGGAGUUGGCGUUGGUGGAAAUAAUGACUUCCCCGACAGUGUCCAGUCGGGGAACCACAAAAAACCAUGGGUUAAUAAAGAUCCCAAAGAAGUGAAAUUCUUCUUUAACGCAAGGUCUGAGUGGCUUGGGACCUGGAAGGGUGAUAAUACAGCUUUACAAGUCGAUUACGUCAAAGUUACGGCUUUAUAAGAUAUUAAAAUCGUGUAAGUUACUUAACGAAACACUUGUGCCAUAUCAAUUUAUUGUCCGAAUAAAAACAUUAAAAUCAUGCAAA